ACCGGCUCCUCUCCAUUUCAAACGAAAUGGAGAGGAUCCGAUUCCCCUUCUUUCACCCUAAACAAAAACCAAAAAUCCUCCCAGCCACAGAGCCACUGCCCCACGCGGCCACACCGGACACCCGAGAUCGGCAACUCCGCGCCGGACACUCGAGAUCGGCAACUCCACGGACGACGAGACGGAGCCGAACAAGAGUGUUCCCAUCCAGCUGCACCGAAACGGCGCCGUGAGGCAUAAUCAGUGUCGCUGUCAUUCAUUGUUGCGUCUCUCACUCAUAGCACACGCCAUAGACAGAUUUUUGCAGAUAUGGAGUACGUGAGCCCUGAAGGCCUUCGCUUAGAUGGUCGCCGUCCCAUGGAAAUGAGGCAAAUUCGAGCAGAGAUUGGUGCCGUGGCCAAAGCUGACGGUUCUGCUGUGUUUGAGAUGGGUAACACUAAAGUCAUCGCUGCAGUAUAUGGCCCUAGAGAGGUCCAAAAUAGGAGUCAACAAAUGAGUGACAAGGCCCUGGUGCGAUGCGAGUAUAGCAUGGCUAAUUUUAGUACUGGGGAUCGCAUGAGAAAACCAAAGGGUGACAGGCGAUCUACAGAGAUAUCUCUAGUUAUUCGCCAGACCAUGGAAGCUUGCAUAUUGACACAUUUGAUGCCUCGGUCUCAGAUAGAUAUUUUUGUCCAAGUACUCCAAGCGGAUGGAGGAACUAGAUCUGCAUGUAUCAAUGCUGCAACUUUAGCCCUUGCAGAUGCUGGGAUCCCAUUGCGUGAUCUUGUUACUUCAUGUAGUUCUGGGUACCUUAAUACCACUCCUCUGCUUGAUUUGAACUAUGUAGAAGAUAGUGCUGGAGGUCCUGAUGUCACUGUUGGGUUUCUCCCUAAGUUGGACAAAGUGACCCUUCUUCAGAUGGAUUCUAAGUUACCAAUAGACAUUUUUGAAAACGUCAUGCAACUUGCAAUUGAAGGCUGCAAAGCAGUGGCAAAUUACAUUCGAGAAAUAUUGCUAGAGAAUACCAAGCAACUAGAGUAUCGUCGGGGCCUAUAGUUUGUUUAUAAACAUGGUAUCUCCUCUUUGACGUUGGUCUUUGGAAACUACAGCUUGGCCUGAUCAUCGUUAGACUUCCAUUGCUUCAGUGUGGAUUUGGGAAUCCCCAUCUACAAUCAAAAGCAACCAUAUACGUGUUUCAACACUUCAUGGUUCCCUGCUUGUCGUGGGGAAUGUGGGAGAGCAUGUCUGCCUAAUUUUUGGUCUUUAGCUCUUGGAAAUCCUGUGUUUUUUCUUUGGUUUUUUUAGCCAUACCUCGAGCUUGUUAGUAUUUAGACCAUAAACUGAAUUGUUGUCAUAGAGAAUCUUGAUCUAAAGUGUUAACUUGUUAUUAUUGAACCAUGAUGGUAUGUAUGGAGUUUAAUCUGUUUC